AGAAAAUUUGGUUCAGCCUUAUGGAGUUUGAUUAUCAAGAACUCGUCAAGGCCACUCAAAGUUUCUCCCAUUCAUCCCUCAUCGGCAAAGGCAGCCAUGGAUCGGUCUAUAAAGCUAUUCUUGAAGACGAUCACAAUGUUUUUGCUGUUAAAAGAGCUUCAUUUAAUGGGCAUGAAGUCUUUCAUGACAACUCCAAGAAGCUCAAAAAUGAGAUUCAGGUGUUAUCGUCUCUACGUGAUCGUGAAAACCCUAAUGUCGUCAACUUUUUGGGAACAAGUACUGAUUGUGAACAUCAAAACAAGCUCUUGGUUAUGGAGUUUUUGCCUAAUGGCUCUCUCCAUGACUUGUUACACAACUCAUCUUCAUCUUCUCCACUGCCGUCUUGGCCUAAACGCGUAGAAAUCGCCAUCCAAAUAGCCAAGGCCAUCCAUUUUCUUCACGAAGUCGCCAAUCCGGUCAUCAUUCACAGAGAUAUCAAGUCUUCGAACAUUUUGUUCGACUCAAAUUGGAGCCCGAAGCUCGUCGAUUUCGGGCUCGCUGUUAAUGAAUCAUCAAUAACUUCACAGCCCAUUCAGCCUGCGGGGACCAUCGGGUACCUGGAUCCUUCCUACACUUCUCCGAAAAAAUUAAGCACAAAGACUGACAUGUUCAGUUUUGGGGUGGUCUUGUUAGAAAUCAUAAGUUGCAGGAAGGCCAUUGACGUGUCGAAACAACCGGCGUCGAUCGUCGAGUGGGCGACGGCUUUGAUCAAAGAGAAGCAGGCAAUGGCGAUUUGUGAUACGAGUGUUUCCAUGCCGAGUUACAUGGAGGGCACGAUCAAGCACAUGUUGAACUUGGCGGCCCGUUGCGUGUCGUUGGAGGAAGAAAACCGGCCGGAAAUCGGAGAGGUUUUCAUGGCGGAGAAGUGUUUUGUUGAACGAGUUAGAACGAUUCCCGCUUGGAUGAGCUUGUGGGGAAGCGUGACGAGGAUGAAGAGACGGCAAAGGAGAUCGGAUAUGCCAUCGAAGAAACUGAUUUGUGAUCGUGAUAACGAGAAUGGUGAUAAUAUUUGCAGUGAUAUUACGAGAGGGAAGAUGAUUUUGAGAGAGAUUUUGGCUGAUAUUGCUCUCAAGUGAGUUGAGUUGAGUUGAGUUAAUAUUUUGACUCAAUUUUGGUACAUCUAAGUAUCUGAG